AUGGUGCAGACCGUUAAACGGCAGCUGUAUAAAACGUACGGGAGCGAUUGUAUGGAAUACGAUCUAUUCCAGAAGGUGUUGACGGAGAUAGAGGACACGAUCAACACGAGACCGUUGACAUACGUGGCAGAAGAUGAUAUGGAGCUGCUAACCCCCAAACAAUUGGUGACAGGCUACCGGCAACAGCAGCAUCACCCAGUCGAUGACGAGGAGAGAGAAUACUCGGACCGGGUGACGCUGACAAAGAGAGAGGGGAUCAGGAGAACCCUGGUGGCUCAAUGGUGGAAGGAUUUCUACACGGAAUAUGUGAUGGAUUUGGAGCAAUUUCACUGCCCAACCCUAGGACACGUCAAGGAGAUUGAGUUAGGACAAGUCGUGUUGAUUCACAACGAUUCGGCCAAAAGAACAAGAUGGAAGUUUGGGAGACUACUCCACGCGGGCCAGAUAGAUGAUGACCAUCAGAACACCGGACCUUACGAGGACAGUGAGCUUUCGCGAACUCAGUUAGACCAAGGUUUAACGGGGGGAGUGUCGGAAAUUCCGACGGACGAAGCUCACAGCCCUCGUCCGGGUGACAACCCUUUGGCCGAAGCAGGCUAG